AUGGACACUAUAAGAGUAAACAUUGAUAAAGAACAAAAUGUCAUUUCUGUAUAUAAUAAUGGAAAAGGGAUUCCUAUUGAGAUUCAUAAAGAAGAAGGGAUUUAUGUACCUGAAUUAAUAUUCGGACAUCUCCUUACUUCUAGUAAUUACAAUGAUGAUGAAAAGAAAGUUACAGGUGGCCGUAAUGGUUAUGGUGCGAAACUAACGAAUAUCUUCAGUACUGAAUUCAUUGUGGAAACUGCUAAUAAAGGAAUAAAAAAGAAAUAUCAUCAAGUUUUUAAAAAUAACAUGAGUAUCACCGAGAAACCGAAAAUUACAUCUUAUUCUAAAGAUGAAUACACUAAAAUCACAUUUAAACCCGAUUUGUCGAAAUUCAAUUUAACUGAAUUGACCGAUGAUAUAAUUUCCUUAUUACAGAAACGAGUAUAUGACUUGGCGGGUUGUGUUAAAGGAAUCAAAGUCUUUUUAAAUAAUAAUCGUAUCUCAAUUAAAUGUUUUAAAGAUUAUGCACUAAAAUAUAUAACAUCAAUCAACUCAAAUGAAGAAUAUUCAUCAUCAAAGCCAUUCAUGCAACAUGAAGUGGUUAGCGAUCGUUGGGAACUUGCAGUUGCAGCAAGUCACGAUGGUCAAUUUCAACAAGUUAGCUUUGUUAAUAGUAUCGCAACAACUAAAGGAGGUACACACGUGAAUCAUGUAUUGGAUCAACUUAUUAAUAAGAUAACUGAAACUGUUAAAAAGAAUAAAGAAGUAAAAGAUGCGAAGUUAAAACCCCACACUGUCAAAAAUCAUUUAUGGAUUUUUAUUAACUGUCUGAUCGAGAAUCCAAGCUUUGAUUCUCAGACCAAAGAAACUUUGACUUUGAGGCAAAGUUCCUUUGGAUCUAAAUGUAAUUUCAGUGAUAACUUUACUAACAAAGUCACGGAGUUAAAGAAAACGGAUGGUGCAAAGAAGUCUAAAGUAACUACGAUUGAUAAAUUGAGUGAUGCAAAGAACGCCGGAACAAGGAAAUCGGCGGAAUGUACACUUAUUCUAACCGAAGGAGAUUCUGCAAAAACUCUUGCAGUUGCCGGAUUAUCUUCUGUUGGUAGAGAUAAUUAUGGCGUAUUUCCACUUAAAGGGAAAUUAUUGAAUGUACGAGAAGCCAGCACUACACAAAUUUUAAAAAAUGAAGAAAUUCAAAGUAUUAAGAAAAUUCUCGGGUUACAACACGAUAAAACAUAUACCUCUGCCAAGGACUUGCGAUACGGACAUCUCAUGAUUAUGACUGAUCAGGAUCACGACGGCAGUCAUAUUAAAGGACUAAUAAUCAACUUUCUGGAUCAUUUUUAUCCGUCAUUAAUGAAAAUACCCGGGUUUCUCAAAGAAUUUAUUACUCCCAUUGUUCGGUGCACUAAUACCAGAACAAAAAGAAAAUUAAGUUUCUUUACUUUACCGGAAUAUGAAAAUUGGAAAAAGGUCAACGAUGAUGGAAAAGGUUGGGAUAUUAAAUAUUAUAAAGGGUUAGGUACUAGUAGCCCUGCUGAAGCUAAAGAAUACUUCGCGGCGAUAAAUCUGCAUAUGAAACCAUUUAGAGAAGUUCAGGAAGGAGAACGUGAAUUGAUAGAUAUGGCAUUUAAUAAUAUUAGAUCAAUUCCUUCAAUGCUCGAUGGUUUAAAACCCGGGCAACGAAAGGUUUUAUUUGGAUGCUUUAAAAGAAAGCUUAAUAAAGAAAUCAAGGUUAUCCAAUUGGCGGGAUACGUUUCGGAACAUUCUGCAUAUCACCACGGCGAAGCGAGUUUACAUUCUACCAUAAUAACCAUGGCGAAUAAUUUCAUUGGAUCGAAUAAUUUAAACCUUUUAGAACCCAGUGGUCAGUUUGGUUCACGAAUACAGGGUGGAAAAGAUUCUGCGAGUGCACGUUAUAUUAACACAAGACUAAACCCAUUAACACGUCUAGUAUUCUCACCUCAUGAUGAUGGAUUAUUAAAUUAUUUAAAUGAUGACGGAAGUAGUAUCGAACCUGAAUGGUAA